AUAUAUAUAUAGUGCAUGUGUGAUGUGUCUUCUUCUCUCUAUAUAUCCUUUCUUCUCCAAUAUGUAGCAUUUCUCAUACUCUCAUAUCCACAUUCUUUCUUCUUUGUGUAAGAGGCUACAUUGCAAAGCUAGAGUUCAAAAUUGGCAUCACGAUGAAACGAAAUUGUUAUUUGGAUUCAUCAUCUCACAAAUCAAUGAAUGAGAAGUUGAACGUAAACAAGAAACUUGUUGCAAAUCCUCACAAUGGAAACCACAAAUUUGACGAAAAGGAACUUCAGGCUAGAGCUAUAAUAUGGUUGGCAAGUCAAGAAAUUAUGGAAGGAAAGAAUGGUAGCAACAAAGAAUCAAUUCCAACACUAUCCCUUUCAAUGCAACCUAGUGCAUUACAAAUGCAUGCCUCACAUGGCUUUUCCAUCAAGCGAUCACUUCAUAAUUUCCUUGAGAAGAGAAAGAAAAGGAUUCAAAGUCACCACGUCUCUAUUGUAACUCAUGAUAAUGAUAAUAAUAGUAGUACAAAUUAGUUGGGAUAUGAAUUAAUUAGAAUCACUUAUUCUCUUAAUUUGUGGGAUCAAUUGAAGCCUACUAAUCAGCGUAGCCAUAACUAGUGACAAUUAAGGCAUGUAUUUAUUUUUAUUUUUAUGAAUGAAGAACUACUCUUUCAGUCUA